GCGUCUCGCCGGCGAACUAAGUGCAAACGGACUGAGCGAGGACGAGUCUAUCGGCGGCGCGAGACGAGAUGACCGCUGGAGGCCGGGCGGUGCGCCAGCCGGCUAGUCGCGACGCCUCGAUGCGGCUAGCCAGAGCAUGGUCCGCGCCUCCUUUUCAAACACGACUCUCUCCUGCCUUCAGUCCCGUUGUCGCUCCUCAUCCACAUUCGCUUUCUUGCGACUUCCCCUGCGAACAGUCCUGUGGGGUCUUUAUUAAUUGUUGCAGUUUCUUCCUUUCCUCGCCAAUCGCUCAGCAUCUUCACUUUUUGGAUUUGGACCAUCUAUCCGUCCUCCACAGAGCAGUCUUAAUAUCAUCGCACAAGCCGCUUCGCUUUUCGUCCCGUCGACAUGUCUCUCUUCAGAGUUGCCCUGCCCGCGCUGGCAGUUGUUGGCUCCGCCUACGCCGCCUCGUGCAGCAACUCCGCUACUUCCACCAUCCAGAACGGCGGCGACGCCACCGCCAUCGCCUCGUGCACAACCUACUCUGGUAGCAUUGCCGUUGCGACCGGCCUUGCCGACGACAUUGCCCUUGAUGGCAACCUCAAGAAGAUCGAUGGCGACUUGGUCCUCGAAAGCAACUCCGACAUCAAGCGCUUCGGAUCUUCCAGCCUUCAGUCCAUCUCUGGCAAGCUCACCCUGAACGAUGUAUCGCAGCUCGCAGCCUUGUCUUUCCCCGCCCUGACUGAGGUUGAUGAGCUCACGCUCAAGGGUCUGCCCAACCUCCGCGCUCUGGAGUUCAACCUCACCAAGGCCGACAAGCUCGACAUUGAGAACACGAAGCUCCAGAACUUGGACGGCAUUGAUCUGGAUGAAGUCUCUUCCAUCUUCAUUGCCAACAACGACGAUAUCGCCAGCAUCGAGAUGCAGGUUACCAACAUCACCGAGUUCAUCACCCUUUCUUUCAACAACGCUAUGGUCAACGUCUCGUUCCCCAAGCUUGAGUCUGCCAACAACAUCUCUUUCCGUGCCAUUGGUUCUUUGAACAUUCCCGUGUUGUCUAAGAUCAACAGCGGCAGCUUCGGCGUCUUCGAGUCCGACAACCUUGAGAGCGUUUCCGCUCCCAAUCUCACCAAGAUCGAUGGUGCUCUCGUCAUUGAUAACAACAAGGGCUUGAAGAACAUCUCCUUCGCCUCACUCACUGACGUCGGCGCCAACCUGCAGAUCGCCAACAACACCAACCUGCACCAGAUUGACGGCUUGCCUAAGCUCAAGAACGUCCAGGCUGCUCUUGACAUGAGCGGUAACUUCUCCAAGGUCGAGACCCCUUCUCUGGACUACGUGAAGGGUGUGUUCAACCUCCAGUCUACUGGUGACAUCGGCACUGUCUGCGACGACUUCUACAACCCCCUCAAGGCCAAGGGCAAGCUCCAGAAGGGCAAGUAUGUCUGCCAGGGCAAGCUCGAGGAGGCCAACACUGCUGGUAGCUCUCCCAAGAGCGGCUCGGGCAGCGGCAGCGGCGGCGACAAGGGCGCCGCCGUUGGCCUGGCCGUUCCCAGCAUCUCUCUCGGACUUGUUGGCCUCGCUGCCGUCCUCCUCUUGUAAACCAGCUAGUUUCUGGGACGAUCCCACCACAAAACCGUUCUGAAACCAAUAUAUCAUCCAUGUUUCCUCGACAGCAUGUCAUCAUCCAGCGCGCGAGCGCUCUGGUGGACGACCUGACGCUGAGUCGUGGAUGCCAUCGGAGAGGGGGGUAAUGGACAACAUGCAUCAGGUCUUGGACUUGAUGGCGAGAGCUUACUAGAUUUUAAUACGUCACGCACUUCUGACAUGACUUCGAGACCGAUAUUGUGGAGUGUGCAGUUGAUGGUUUGGGUGCGAAUGGCACCCCACGAAAAGUGCACUCCUUUUCUUUCGUGUGUAUAGGUUAUGGCGUCUCACUGUUGUAUGCUACCGCGGGAAUACAUGGCAUGGUCAUUUUG